AUGUCAAAACGCUCUGCUGCCGCUGCUGCAAGUCCAGUGGCCAAGAAACUCAAGGCUACUACCAUCACAAGCUUCUUUGCUAAAGAUCCUGCUGCCGCUCCGUCUCCUGCCAAAGCGAAAGAGGUCGAAACGCCAUUCAGCAAACAGUCAUGGAUUGAUUCACUGAGUGUAGAAAACAAGGACCUGCUCAAACUUGAGAUUGACACUCUCCACGAAUCAUGGCUCAGCUUGUUACACAAGGAACUAACCAAGCCCUACUUCCUCAAACUCAAGGAGUUCUUGGCAGGCGAACGCAGGAAACACAAGAUCUUUCCGCCUGCUCCGGAUGUCUAUGCUUGGUCACGUCAUACACCCUUUGAGUCCGUGAAAGUGGUCAUUCUUGGACAAGAUCCGUAUCACAACGACGGACAAGCGCAUGGGUUGUGUUUUUCAGUGCAGGCACCCACACCGCCACCUCCCUCGCUCAAAAACAUUUACAAGUGCCUCAAGAUUGAGUAUCCAGACUUUCAAAUUCCAAAACACGGAAGCCUCCUGGCAUGGGCAGAUCGAGGGGUUCUCUUGCAACCUCAUACUAACAAUAGAUUGAAUACUUGCCUGACUGUCCAGGCUCACCAAGCUAAUAGCCACCAAAAGCGCGGCUGGGAGACUUUUACACAGCGUGUGCUUGACCUUGUCGCAGAGAAGAGAACAAACGGCGUGGUCUUCAUGGCAUGGGGCAAACCAGCUUCCAAGCGUGUGGAGGGUCUGGACCUCCAACGCCAUUUGCGUCUUGAAAGCGUUCAUCCUAGUCCCCUCUCUGCAAGUCGUGGCUUCUUUGAGGGUGGCCAUUUCACCAAGGCAAAUGUAUGGCUCACAGAACGGUAUGGGGUUGAUGCCAAGAUCGAUUGGAACAGUCUGAGUGGCGCGCCAGAGCAGAAGCAAGACAAGACGCCCAAUCCAAAGGAUGAACCAGGCCUCGAUGCUGAACAGGCACUCAUUUGA